AUGAGCAUAAAUCUAGGCGAUAUAUUUACAACAUCAGGAAGAAGACAGUCACAAAAGGAGGACAGAUACACCAAGAGCACAAUGGGGAUACACACGGAUGUUCUGGCAAGCAUAAAGCUGAUGACAUCUUCUAGAAGCUCACGUAUAGAAAACAGGCACAUAGACACAUCUCCCCAUAGAAUACUGGAUGCACCGGGCAUGCUGGAUGAUUACUAUCUCAACCUGUUGGACUGGAGCACUACGAAUCUUGUGAUAAUUGGCCUGGGAGAGUCUGUGUAUGGAUACAAUGUUGACGAUAAAACUGUGGUGGAUAUCCAUUCCGGGGAGAGCUACAUAUCAUCUGUAAGGAGUAACGGGAGCAUUCUUUGUAUUGGAAGCUCGGAUGGAACGAUGCGCUUAAUAGACACAUCGGUAAAUAAGGAGAUGCAUACAAUGAGGAAUCACAGAGCAAGGGUUUCAUCUCUGAGCUGGAACGGGAAUAUAAUAAGCAGUGGGGACAAGGCCGGGAAGCUAUGCAACUACGACAUAAGGUCGGGAAGGAUCUCUAUGGUUGAGGGGCAUUCUCAAGAAAUAUGCGGGUUGGAGUGGAGUACAGACAUGAAGUAUCUAGCAAGUGGAGGAAAUGACAAUGUAAUAAGAGUGUGGCAGAUGGGAAACAACAAUCCUCAAACGCUUUCUGGACAUAAGUCAGCCGUUAAGGCCCUUGCUUGGUGCCCAUGGAGGUCAGGAAUACUGACUUCAGGGGGAGGAACAAAAGACAUGACUAUAAAGUUCUGGGAUGUUUCAGAAAAUAGACUGGAGAGGAGUGUAGACACACAAUCACAAGUGUGCACCCUUACAUAUCUCUCAAAGUAUAAGGAGAUUAUAUCCUCGCACGGAUACAGCGAGAAUGACAUCCGAAUAUGGAAAGCCUCGACAAUGAACCUGAUAUCUUCCUUUGGAAAGCAUGGAUCAAGGGUUCUUCACGUGGCCCUAAGCCCGGACGGGUCUGAAUUGGCCUCUGUGUCUGCAGAUGAGAAUUUGAAGUUCUGGAAGAUAUUCAGCACAGAGAAGUCGUCUGUAAGAAGGGAUAGCCUUUCAUUCAGAUAA